CGGGUGCCUUCUCUUCCCUUCUUCCAUCUCCCCUCUCUCCUCUCCCCUUCCUUUCUUCCUGCCGUCGCCCCCUGUUUCUACAGUUCAUUUCUUCCUCCGCUUCUUCGCCGUCUGCAACUCGAAAUUUAUACGGAGAGAAUAUGAAGACGAUCCUGGCGUCUCAGACUAUGGAUAUCCCCGAGGAGGUGACCCUCACUGUGAAGGCUAAGUUCGUGAAGGUGGUGGGGCCGAGGGGCACCCUCACCCGGGACUUCAAGCACCUCAGCCUCGACUUCCAACUCAUCGAGGGAGGCCGCAAGCUCAAGGUGGACGCCUGGUUUGGGUCAAGGCGCACGAUGGCCGCCAUCCGCACCGCCAUCAGCCACAUCCAGAACCUGAUCACCGGUGUCACCAAGGGCUACCGGUACAAGAUGCGCUUCGUCUACGCUCACUUCCCCAUCAACGCCAGCAUCACCAACUCAAACCAAUCCAUCGAGAUCAGGAACUUUCUUGGCGAGAAGCGGGUGAGGAAGGUAGACAUGUUAGAAGGCGUGACUGUUAUUCGUUCAGAGAAGGUUAAGGAUGAACUGGUAUUGGACGGGAACGAUGUUGAGCUUGUUUCUAGAUCGGCCGCAUUGAUAAAUCAGAAAUGCCAUGUGAAGAACAAGGACAUAAGAAAGUUCCUUGAUGGUAUCUACGUGAGUGAGAAGGGAACAAUUGUGACUGAUGAGGCAUAAAAUGUUAAACAUAUAUCCUGUAGCAAUUUUGUCUCUGUCUCCGCAGACCUUGAGAUUUGUUUUAUCUUUGGUUUUCUCCUUUCGUUUUGUGUGGAACAAGUUCUUUUUCCUUCUCGAUGGACGUUGGAAGGUUGCAUUGGUAGAAUUAGGUAAUUUGAAAUGUUAUUGCAUGUUAUUUUCAA